UAGGUGUGGGUAGUAGGGCAGGAGGGAGUUGAAGGGCAGUUGGGGGCUGGUAUAGGUGGAGGGGGCAGCUGUGGGGAGCUUGACAGGACAGUUCUGGGACUGGAGGGGAGAGGUGGCAGGGGCCUUCCCUUUGGGGCCCGGGGGACCCAGGCAUCUUGGCCCAGUCCUCAUGCGCCUGCUCUUGUUUCCCCGGCAGCCCACAAUGAGCACGCGCCGCCGCGGCCCCCCUGGGGACAAGCAACUGCGCAAGAGCUCUGGGCGCGGGUCCUCCGUGGUCUGGGACACCGGCCCGCCACCACCCCCACCGCCACUGCCGCCUGCUCUGGAGGAUGCUGCUGUCAGCUCUCCAGGACCUGGCGAGGGGGUAGUGAAGGCCCAGGAGGAGGCCGAAGCUGAAGAAGAGGCAUGCCUCUCUUUGGAGGAGAAAGAAGUGGAUUUGAAACCCUAUAUCCGAAGCAGGCUGGGCCUGAGCGGGGUCCAGGAUGACAUGUGGACAGAAGAGCACAAGGCAGCUGUGGACGUGUUCCUGAAGGACCCCACCAAGCAACUGCUGGUUGUCUAUGUAGAUGAAUUUGCCGGGCUGAAGGUGGAACAUGCCAUCCCCUACCAGGAGCAGAAGCUGCUGGCCUACUUCAUCCGCCACGAGAACGCAGAGAUCACAGCCGAGAACUUCCAGCAGACGGUACAGUUUGGCACGCUCCGCCAGCCUUAUAUCGACAGCCUACUGCGGCUCCUCAACGGGGUCUACCUGCCCCGCCUCUUCCGCCAUGCAGCCUGGCCCGAGAGCAUCAAGAAUGAAUUCUUCUCGGAGGUCUAUCACUUUAUGACCUCUCUCACAGACACACGCUCCAAAAUGAAGGGCCGCACGGUUCUCUACAUCCCCAUCGAAUCCCUGCCCAUGAAGCCCGAGGCGGUUGUGAAGGACAAAGCCCUGAUUCAGAGACUGGAAACAUCCAUGAUUCAUUGGACUCGUCAGAUUAAGGAGGUGCUGCGGGCCCAGGAGGCGGUGGAGAGCCGGGAGAGCACGGGGCCACUGGAAGAGAUCGCCUUCUGGAAGAACCGCUGCGCUGACCUGUCAGAGAUCAGCAAGCAGCUGAGCAAGCAGGGUGUGAAGCACAUUGAGACCAUCCUGCUCCUCUCCAAGUCCUCCUAUGUGGCUGCCUUCCAGAGGCUGGCCAAGCAAAUCCAGGAUGGGUCCCAGCAGGCCCAGUCCAACCUCCGGUUUCUCUCCAUCCUGAAGGAGCCAUUCCUGGAGCUGGCUAUGCUGAAGCCCAAGGACAUUCCUGAGAAGCUGCCUCACCUCAUCAGCUUGGUCCGCAUCAUCUGGGUCAACUCCCCAUACUACAACAGCAGGGAGCUCAGCCCAGCCCUCUUCCGCAAGGUGUGCGACUGCCAGCAGCAUUUUGCUCGCUGGGAGGAUGGCAAGCAGACGCCGCUGCCCUGCUUCUUUGGCCACCGUGGGCCCCAGAUGAUGAGAAACCUGGUGGAGAUUGAAGAGACCUUCCAGAAGCACCUUCUCGCCCUGCGCAACAUGAAGGGGAACAUCCUGGAUGUAAAGAACACCUUCUGGCAUGAGGAUUUCAACCGGUUCCGCGCAGGCAUGAAAGACCUGGAGGUGAUGACCCAGAACCUGAUCAGCUCAGCCUUUGAGACGGUGCGGGACGUGGAGCACGGUGUGGAGAUCCAGGACAUCUUCCACCACCUGUCGGAGAGGGAGACCAUCAAACGCACCUUUGACAAGAAAGCCGUGGACAUCUACAUGCUCUUCAACUGGGAGCUGAACCUGGUCAACAAGGAAUUGAGCAAGAAGCUGCCCUUCCUGCUGCCCUACAUGGGCCACUACUCGGGCCUGGCGCAUUGGAUCCGGGCACUUCGCCGCCGCAUCGACCGACCUAUGAUCUGCCUUGCCAAGGCCCACUUCAUGCCUCACAUUGGCAGAGGCGAGGAGAGUUUCCAGUACUACCAGCAGCUGACCCAAGCCAUGGACGAGAUCGAGAGACGGGCAUUCCAUGAAUGGACGCAGACCCUGGACAAAGACAGCCUGAAACGCCUGGACACCCCGCUGCUGGCCCUCAGUGCUGAGAAGCAUGGCAUGCUGGAUGUGAAUUUUGACAAAGACCUGCUGAAGCUCUUUGUGGAGAUCCACUACUGGGACCGGCUGCUCUUCGAGAUCCCUCACUACGUGGCAGAGGUCUACGAGAGGAGGGAGGAUCUCCGGGUCCUCCGUGAGAACCUGCUUCUGGUGGCCCGGGAUUAUAAUAGAAUCAUCGACAUGCUGUCGCCCGAGGAGAGAGCCUUGUUCAAGGAGCGCAUCCGCUACCUGGACCGGAAGAUUCAGCCUGGCUUGAAGAAGCUCCACUGGUCCCUGAAAGGUGCCAGCAUCUGCUUCAUCAGUGAGUGCCGUCUGCACGCCAGCAAGGUGCAGGCCAUCGUGACUGAGUUCAAGGUGGCCACGCUGGCCAUCGCCUGUGGGGCCCAGCAGCUCAGUGAGGCCCUGCUGGUGCGCCUCACGGGCAAACGGGUCUACGAUGACCUGGAGUUUGAGGACGACCAGCGCCAGCACCGGGCCUGGGCGCAGCAGAGGCUGCUGGACCUGUACAAUGAGGUUGCUGCCAUCCUGAGGCAGACCUAUGAAGUCUUCAAGCAGGACAGCCCUGAGGUGCAGCAGCACUGGAUGGCCUACAUGGUCAAGAUGGACAGGAUGAUGGAGGAAGCUUUCCGCCUCAACGUCAAGUGGUCCCUGGUGGAGCUGUCCAAGGCCAUCAACGGGGAUGGCAAGACCACGCCUAGUCCCCUGUUCAGGGUCAAGGUGAUCCUUCAAGACAACUACCCAGCUUCCUCACAGGUGGAGUUCUCACCCACACUGACCCAGCUCGCCAACAUGGUCAAUGACAUCGGCAGCCACCUCAUCGCCUGCAUCUCCAUCUUCCGCCACUUGCCUGAGGUCCUCACCAAGCGAAGGUUUCUCCGUGACCCCAUCUCCGUCCUUGUGGAGCGUGAUGAAGACAUCAAGAAGAUCCAGGCUCUCAUCAGCGGGGGCAUGCUAGCCAAUGCCACCCACCUCCAGGCCUACCUGAAAACCUGGGAUGUCUACCGGGAGAUCUGGGAGGUCAACAAGGACUCCUUCAUCAACCGCUACAGGCACCUCAACCCGCUGGUGUCCUCCUUCGAUGCGGACACCGCUCGGUACAUGGAGGUGGCCAACAACGUGCAGAAGGAGGAGACGGUGCUGAGCCUGGGCUUCGUGCUGCUGGACUGUGCACGGCUGAAGGGUGCUGUGGUGCAGCACUGCACUGAGUGGCAGGGCAAGCUUACGGCCCUGCUGCGUGAGACAGCCAGUGGGCGCCUGCGCCACCUGCAUGCCCACCUACGGGACAGUGCCUGCAGCGUGAGCCGGCCCCCGCAGACCUUGCAGGAGCUGGGCCAGAGCCUGCAGCUGCUGGAGAACCUGCAGGCUGAGCUGUCCCAGCUGGAGGCUCAGAUCCCACCCAUCCAUGACCAGUUUGCCAUCCUGGACAAGUACGAGGUGCCCGUGGAGGAGGAGGUGCUGCAGCUGCUGGGUGGCCUGGGCGGGGAGUGGUUGGCCUUCCAGCAGUGCAUGUUGGACAGUGAGGUCAUGCUCAAGCGCCACAAAGAGAAGUUCAAGACUGGCCUCAUCCACUCAGCUGACAACUUCAAGAAGAAGGCCCAGGUUCUCCUGCAGGACUUUGGCGCCAAAGGCCCCUUCAGCAGUGCAGUGCCAUGCGCGGCAGCACUGGAGCAGAUUGCGACACUACGUCAGGUGCUGGCGGCCAUGCAGGCCGAGGAAGGUGGCCUGCGCUCCAGCCUCGGCCUCUUCAAGAUCGAGCAGCCGCCCUCCAAGGACCUGCAGAAGUUGGAGAAGGAGCUGGACUACCUGCAGCAGGUGUGGGAACUGGCGCAGGCGUGGGAGCUGUGCUGGGGCAAGUGGAAGACGGGCAGCUUCCGGACGCUGCAGACGGAGACCAUGGAGAGCGUUGCCCGUGGCCUCCUCCGCCAGCUGCACAAGCUCAGUCGCGACCUUAAGGACCGCAACUGGGAGGUCAUCGAGACGUCCAAGGCCAAGAUCGAGCAGUUCCAGAGGACGAUGCCACUCAUCUCAGACCUGCGGAACCCAGCCAUGAGGGACCGGCACUGGGCGCAAGUGAAAGACAUGGUGCUGUGUCCCUUCGACCAGGAGGCUGAUGACUUCCGACUGGAGGAUGUGGUGGCGCUGGGGCUGGACCGGCAUGGUGAGCAGGUGGCCGAGAUCUCGGCUGCCGCCACCAAGGAGCUGGCCAUCGAGCAGGCCCUGCAAGGCAUUGUGCAGACCUGGGACGUGAUGCAGCUGGACAUCGUGCCCUACAAGGACAAGGGGCACCACCGCCUCCGGGGCACAGACGAGGUGUUCCAGGCGCUGGAGGACAACCAGGUGGUGCUGGCCACCAUGAAGGCCUCGCGCUUCGUGCGCCCCUUCGAGCGCGAUGUGGAUGGCUGGGAGCGGUGCCUCUCGCUGGUGCUCGAGGGCAUUGAGAUGGUGCUCACUGUGCAGCGGCAGUGGAUGUACCUGGAGAACAUCUUCCUGGGUGAGGACAUCCGCAAGCAGCUGCCCGAAGAGUCAGCCUCCUUUGACCAGAUCAAUGCCAGCUGGAAGGGCAUCAUGGACCGCCUAAGCCGGGAUGCCAAUGCCCUGCGGGGCACCCAUUACCCAGGCUUGCUGGACACACUAGCAGCAAUGGCGGGGGCACUGGAGGACAUCCAGAAGUCGCUGGACAUGUUCCUGGAGACCAAGCGCCGCAUCUUCCCCCGUUUCUACUUCCUGUCCAACGAUGACCUGCUGGAGGUGCUGGGCCAGGCCCGCAGUCCCGACGCCGUCCAGCCCCACCUCAAGAAGUGCUUUGACAGCCUGCGUGCCCUCCGUGUCCAGAAGGUGGGCAUGGGUAACAGGUCAGAGGCCAUGGGCAUGUGUUCGCUGGACGGGGAGUAUGUGGAGUUCAGCCACCCUGUGCUGUUGGAGGGACCUGUGGAGGAGUGGCUGUGUGAUGUGGAGCACACCAUGCGCUGGACACUGAGGGACUUGCUACGCAACUGUCGCCUGGCGCUUAAGAAGAUGCUCACUAAGCGCGAUAAGUGGGUGAAGGAGUGGGCCGGGCAGUUGGUGAUCGCGGCCAGCCAGAUGCAGUGGACGGCCGACGUCACCAAAUGCCUGCUCACCUGCAAGGAGCGCGGGGACAGGAAGUUCCUCAAGGUCAUGAAAAAGAAACAGGUGUCCCUGCUGCACCGCUACUCAGAGGCACUGCGUGGGAGCCUGCCCAAGCUGCUGCGCCUCAAGGUGGUGGCACUGGUGACAGUGGAGGUGCAUGCGCGAGACGUCAUUGACCGGCUCCACCGCUGCCCUGUGCCUGAGCCCAGCGCCUUCGACUGGCUCAGCCAGCUGCGCCUCUACUGGGACAAGGACACGGACGACUGUGUGAUCCGCCAGACCAAUGCUCACUUCCCCUACGGCUAUGAGUACCUGGGCACUGCCCCCCGCCUCGUCAUCACCCCCCUCACCGACAGGUGCUAUAUCACACUGACCACGGCGCUGCACCUGCACCGCGGUGGCUCCCCCAAGGGCCCAGCCGGGACAGGGAAGACGGAAACGGUGAAGGACCUGGGCAAGGCGCUGGGCAUGUACGUCAUUGUGGUCAACUGCUCCGAGGGCCUUGACUACAAGUCCAUGGGCCGCAUGUACUCUGGCCUGGCCCAGACAGGUGCUUGGGGCUGCUUUGAUGAGUUCAACCGCAUCAACGUGGAAGUGUUGUCGGUGGUGGCCCAGCAGAUCCUGUCCAUCCUCUCAGCCCUGGCCGCCAGCCUGGCCACCUUUGCCUUUGAGGGCCACCGCAUCCGCCUGGUCCCCUCCUGCGGCAUCUUUAUCACCAUGAACCCGGGCUAUGCUGGGCGGACAGAGCUGCCCGACAACCUCAAAUCCAUGUUCCGGCCCAUCGCCAUGGUGGUGCCCGACUCGACCCUCAUUGCCGAGAUCAUUCUCUUUGCUGAAGGCUUCAGCAACUGCAAGGUGCUGGCCAAGAAGGUCUACACACUGUACUCAUUGGCCCAGCAGCAGCUCUCCCGGCAGGACCACUACGACUUUGGGCUGCGGGCACUCACAUCCCUACUGCGCUAUGCUGGGCGCAAGCGCCGCACCCAUGCUGACCUCACCGAUGAGGAGAUCCUGCUCCUGGCCAUGAAGGACAUGAACGUGGCCAAGCUGACCUCUGGCGACCUGCCCCUCUUCACUGGCAUCGUCCAGGACCUCUUCCCCAGCAUUGAGUCUCCCACCAUCGACUAUGGCAAGCUGAAGGAGACUAUUGAGGGGGAACUGAAGCAGGUGGGGCUCCAGGUGACACCCCUUACCAUCACCAAGGUGAUCCAGCUCCACGAGACCAAGAACUCGCGCCAUUCCACUGUCAUUGUGGGCAGCACUGGUAGUGGCAAGACAGUGACCUGGCGCACCCUGCAGGCUGCCCUGUCGGCCCUGCACUGGUGUGGGGACCCCACCUACAAUCUUGUCAGGGAGUUCCCCCUCAACCCCAAGGCCCUGUCGCUGGGGGAGCUGUAUGGGGAGUAUGACCUCAGCACCAGUGAGUGGACAGAUGGCAUCCUAUCCAGUGUCAUGCGCUCAGCAUGUGCAGACGAGAGGCCAGACGAGAAGUGGGUGGUGUUUGACGGGCCUGUGGAUACUCUGUGGAUUGAGAGCAUGAACUCGGUCAUGGACGACAACAAGGUGCUGACGCUCACCAAUGGGGAGCGCAUCGCCCUGCCUGAGCAGGUCUCACUGCUCUUUGAGGUGGAGAACCUGGCGGUGGCCUCUCCAGCCACAGUGUCCCGCUGUGGCGUGGUCUACAUGGACUACAGUGACCUGGGCUGGAGGCCCUAUGUCCACUCCUGGAUUGAGCGGCGCCCCAAGAGUGAGGCUGAGACCCUGCAGCACAUGUUCGACAAGUUUCUGGACAAGAUGUUAGCCUUCAAGAGAGACAACUGCUGCGAGCUGGUCCCCAUGCCUGAGUACAGCGGUGUUGUGGCCCUCUGCCGCCUCUUUUCAGCCCUGGCCACGCCUGAGAAUGGGGUGAACCCGGCGGAUGUAGAGAGCUACGGUGCAGUGCUGGAGAUGUACUUCCUGUUCAGCAUGAUCUGGUCAGUGUGCGCGGCUGUGGAUGAGGAGGGCCGCAAGCGGAUUGACGCCUACAUCCGUGAGAUGGAGGGCUCCUUCCCCAAUAAGGACACAGUCUACGAGUACUUUGUGGAUGCCAAGAGGAAGAACUGGGCCUCGUUUGAGGACAAGCUGCCCAAGAUGUGGCGCUACCCGCCUACUGCCCCCUUCCACAAGAUCCUGGUGCCCACGAUGGACACGGUGCGCUACAACCACCUGGUGACGGCGCUGCUCUCAGCCCAGAGCCCUGUGCUGCUGGUCGGCCCCGUGGGUACCGGCAAGACCUCCAUCGCCCAGGGCGUCCUGCAGGGCCUGGACCGCACUGCCUGGGCCGUGCUCACCGUCAACAUGUCUGCCCAGACCUCAUCCAGCAAUGUGCAGAGCGCCGUGGAGAGUCGUGUGGAGAAGCGUACCAAGGGCGUGUAUGUGCCACUGGGUGGCAAGAGCCUCGCCACCUUCCUGGAUGACCUCAACAUGCCGGCACGUGAUGCCUUCGGGGCACAGCCCCCCCUCGAGCUGCUGCGCCAGUGGCUGGACUAUGGCUUCUGGUACGACCGGGCCAAGCAGAGCCCCAAGUACAUCAAGGACAUGUUCCUCCUGGCAGCCAUGGGCCCCCCUGGGGGAGGCCGCACCGAGAUCUCCCCCCGGCUCCAGAGCAGGUUCAACCUCAUCAACAUGACCUUCCCCUCGGACUCCCAGAUCCGCCGCAUCUUUGGGACACUGAUGAACCAGAAGCUCCAGGCCUUUGAGGAGAGUGUGAAGCCACUGGGGCCAGUGGUGACGGAGGCCACGGUGGAGCUGUACCACAGUGUGGCGCAACGCUUCCUGCCCACACCUGCCUGCAUCCACUACCUGUUCAGCCUGCGUGACAUUGCCAAGGUGUUCCAGGGGCUGCUGCGGUCACACAAGGAUUUCCAUGACACCAAGACCAGCCUCACCCGCCUCUGGGUACACGAGUGCUUCAGGGUCUUUGCUGACCGGCUGGUGGAUGCGGGUGAUGCCGAGGCCUUCACGUGCAUCGUAGGCGAGAAGCUGGGCACCUUCUUUGACCUCACCUUCCAUGGACUCUGCCCCUCCAAGCGCCCGCCCCUCUUCGGGGACUUCCUGGGGGCGCGGCGGGGGUCCGAAGAGCUGGCUGACCUGGGCGCACUGCGGGCUGAGAUGGAGCGGGUGCUGGCCGAGCACAACCAGGCACCCGGUGCUGUGCCCCUACGCCUCGUGCUCUUCCGCGAUGCCAUUGAGCAUAUCAUGCGCAUUGUGCGAGUCAUUGGACAGCCACGGGGCAACCUGCUACUGGUAGGCAUCGGGGGCAGCGGGCGCCAGAGUCUGGCGCGUCUCGCCUCCGCCCUAUGCCAGUACUGCACCUUCCAAAUCCAGCCUGCACGCCACUACCGGCGUCAGGACUUCCGCGAUGACCUGAAGCGGCUGUAGGGGCAGGCGGGCAUGGAGCUGGUGCCCACCACUUUCCUCUUCACCGACUCGCAGGCGUCUGACGAGGCCUUUCUGGAGGAUAUCAACAGCCUGCUCAGCACUGGGGAGGUGCCCGCAUUGUACCGGCCUGAUGAGUGGGAGGAGAUCCAGGCACUGCUCUUGAAUGCAGCCAAGGCUGAGGGGGUCCCUGAGACACCCGACAGUCUCUUCGCCUUCCUCAUUGAGCGGGUGCGCGACAACCUGCAUGUGGUCCUGUGCCUCAGCCCUGUGGGCGAGCCCUUCCGGAACUGGAUCCGGCAGUACCCUGCCCUGGUGAGCUGCACUACCAUCGACUGGUUCUCGGAGUGGCCGUGCCAGGCGUUGCUUGAGGUAGCCGAGAAAUACUUGGAGGGGGUUGACCUGGGGCUGCAGCCAGAGAUGGCCCGGAAGGUGGCCCGGAUCUUCACAGCCGUGCAUGGCUCCGUGGCCACCUACUCCCAGAAGAUGCUGGUGGAGAUGCGGCGCUACAACUACGUCACCCCCAGCAGCUACCUGGAGUUGGUCUCGGGCUACAAGAAGCUGCUGGGUGAGAAGCGGCAGGAGCUGGGCCAGCAGGCUGGGCGGCUGCGCAUGGGGUUGGCACGGAUCGACGAGACACGCACCAAGGUGGAGGCCAUGGGAGCAGAGCUGGCACACGCCAAGUGCCGCGUGGCUGAGGUGCAGCGCCAGUGCGAGGAGUACCUGGUGGUCAUCGUGCAGCAGAAGCGUGAGGCCGACGAGCAGCAGAAGACGGUGACAGCCAACAGCGAGAAGAUCGCGGCUGAGGAGGUGAAGUGCAAGGCGCUGGCCGACAAUGCACAGAAGGACCUAGAGGAGGCGCUGCCGGCACUGGAGGAAGCCAUGAAGGCACUGGAGUCGCUGAACAAGAAGGACAUGACAGAGAUCAAGUCAUACGGGCGCCCACCGGGGCUGGUGGAGACUGUCAUGCAGGCCGUCAUGAUCCUGCGCGGCAGUGAGCCCAGCUGGGCUGAGGCCAAGCGCCAGCUCAGUGAGCCGACCUUCAUCAAGCAGCUGAUCCACUUUGACAAGGACAACAUCUCAGACAAGGUGCUCAAGAAGAUCGGGGGCUUUUGUGCCCAGCCCGACUUCCAGCCCGACAUCGUGGGCCGCGUCUCGCUGGCCGCCAAGUCCCUCUGCAUGUGGGUCCGCGCCAUGGAGAUGUACGGGCGCAUUUACCGUGUGGUGGAGCCCAAGCGUGCACGCAUGAACGCAGCCACAGCCCAGCUUGCUGAGAAGCAGGCGUCACAGGCUGAAGCCCAGGCCAAGCUGCGCGAGGUGGCAGAGAGGCUGGAGCGGCUGAAGCAGGAGUAUGAGGAGAAGCUGGCACAGAAGGAGGAGCUGCGGGCGCGCUCCGAGGACAUGGAGCUCAAGCUGGACCGGGCCGACAAGCUGGUGUCAGGGCUUGCGGGCGAGAAGGCCCGCUGGGAGGAGACCGUGCAGGGCCUGGACGAGGACCUGGGCUAUGUGGUGGGUGACUGCCUGCUGGCUGCUGCCUUCCUGUCCUACAUGGGGCCCUUCCUCUCCAACUACCGCGACGAGAUCGUCUCCCAGAUCUGGAUGAAGCAGAUCCGGGAGGAGCAGGUGCCCUGCUCGCCACGCUUCUCACUGCCUGGCUUCCUGGCCACCCCACCGACAGUGCGGACCUGGACGCUGCAGGGGCUGCCCUCUGAUGCCUUCUCCACCGAGAAUGGGCUCAUCGUCACCCGUGGCACCCGGUGGCCACUCAUGAUUGACCCCCAGGGCCAGGCCUCCAAGUGGAUCAAGAACAUGGAGGCAGACAAGGGCCUGCGUAUCCUGGAUCUGCAGGGCGACUACCUGGGGGCGCUGGCGGGGGCUGUGCAACAGGGGGUGCCAGUGCUGAUCCAUGACCUGCAGGAGCAGCUCGACCCUGCGCUCACACCCCUGCUGGGCCGUGCUGUCACCAGAGUGGGUGGCCGGCUGCUGCUGCGCCUGGGGGACCGGGAGGUGGAGUACAGCCCUGCCUUCCGCCUCUACCUCACCACCAAGCUGUCCAACCCACAAACAGGAGGGGAUGGGGCCGGCCUGGGAGGGGCGGAGCUAACUUGAGUAGGGGGACGGGGCCUCCCACAGGGCCUGGAAGCACAGUUGCUGGGAAUUGUGGUACGCAAGGAGCGCCCAGAGCUGGAGGAGCAGAAGGACACGUUGGUGCUCAACAUCGCGGCCGGCAAGAGGCGGCUGCAGGAGCUGGAGGAUGAGAUCCUCAGGCUGCUGAACGAGGCAACAGGGUCACUGCUGGACGACUUGCAGCUGGUGACGACCCUGCAGAGCUCCAAGGUGACGGCCAGUGAGGUCAGUGACCAACUGGCCACCAGCGAGGCCACAGAGGCCAAGAUCGAUGCUGCUCGCGAGGCGUACCGGCCAUGCGCCCAGCGGGCAGCCGUGCUCUUCUUUGUGCUGAUGGACAUGGGGCGCAUUGACCCCAUGUACCAGUUCUCGCUGGAUGCCUAUGUGGAGCUCUUCACCCUCAGCAUUGCCCGCAGCCCCCGCGGUGCCCGCCUGGACGAGCGCAUCCGCUGUCUCAAUGACCACCACACCUACGCCGUCUACAGGUACGCCUGCCGCGGGCUCUUUGAGUGCCACAAGCUGCUCUUUAGCUUCCACAUGUGUGCCAAGAUCCUGGAGGUGGCUGGGAGCCUCCACACGGAUGAGUACAGCUUCUUCUUGCGCGGGGGCGUGGUGCUAGACCGUGAGGGGCAGAUGGACAACCCGUGCCCAUCCUGGCUGCCCGAUGCCUACUGGGACAAUGUGACAGAGCUGGACAAGUUGCCGAGCUUCCAUGGCAUCAUGAACUCCUUCGAGCAGCACCCACGUGACUGGCAUCUCUGGUACAGCAGUGCCCGGCCUGAGCGGGCCCUGUUGCCAGGGGAGUGGGAGAACGCGUGCGGGCAGCUGCAGCGGAUGUUGGUGGUGCGGGCGCUGCGCCCUGACCGCAUGGGGCUCUGCGUCAGUGCCUUCGUCGUCUCCCAUCUGGGCUCUGCCUUUGUCGAGCCACCUGUGCUCUCCAUGAAGGCCGUGUUGGAAGACUCGUUGCCACGGACGCCACUGGUGUUUGUGCUGUCGCCCGGCGUGGACCCGGCGCCAGGGCUGCUACAGCUGGCGGAGCAGGCGGGCAUGGCCCUGCGCCUGCACGCCCUCUCACUGGGCCAGGGCCAGGCCCCCAUCGCCACCCGCAUGAUCCAGGAGGGCAUGCGCCACGGGAGCUGGGUGUUCCUCGCCAACUGCCACCUGUCACUAUCGUGGAUGCCACAGCUGGCAAAGCUGGUGGAGCAGCUGGCAGCCGAGGACCCGCACCCUGACUUCCGCCUGUGGCUCAGCUCCAGCCCCCAUCCUGGCUUCCCCGUUUCUGUGCUGCAGGCUGCCAUCAAGGUCACCACUGAGCCACCCACGGGCCUGAAGGCCAACAUGACGCGCCUGUACCAGCUAGUGACGGAGCCGCAGUUUGGGCGCUGCAGCCGCCCGGCACGCUACAAGAAGCUGCUCUUCGCCCUCUGCUUCUUCCACAGCCUCCUGCUGGAGCGGCGCCAGUUCCUGCAGCUGGGCUGGAAUGUCAUCUAUGGCUUCAAUGACUCCGACUUCGAGGUGUCAGAGAACCUGCUGAGCCUCUACCUAGAUGAGUAUGAGGAGACGCCAUGGGAGGCACUGCGCUACCUCAUCGCGGGUGUCAACUAUGGUGGUCACGUGACAGACAACUGGGACCGGCGCCUCCUGCUAGCCUACAGCAGUGACUGCUUCUGCGAGCAGGCCUUAGCCACGCCCUUCUACAAGCUGUCAGCGCUGGACACCUACUACAUCCCGAAGGACGGGGACCUGGCAUCAUACCGGGAACACAUCAGCAUGCUGCCGGCCCGCGACCCGCCGGGCGCCUUCGGGCAGCACACCAAUGCUGCUGCUGCCGCUGCCGUCAGCACUGCCCGCGCCCUGCUUGACACCCUGCUGGUCUUGCAGCCCCAACGCCCACCCAGCCCUGCCGCCCAGAGCCGUGAGGACAAGGUGCUGGAGCUGGCGGGUGACGUGCUGGCACGGGUACCCACUGAGUUGGACCUUGUGGGUGCCCACCAGGUGCUAGCCGACGACCCCUCGCCCCUCACUGUGGUACUGCUGCAGGAGAUGCAGCGCUACAAUGCCCUGCUGCGCGUUGUCAGGUCCUCAUUGGUGGAACUAGAGAAGGGCAUCCAGGGCCUGGUGGUGAUGUCGACCACACUGGAGGAGAUCUUCAACUGCAUCCAUGACGCCCGCGUGCCCCCCCUCUGGGAGCGGGCCUACCCAUCACUGAAGCCGCUGGGGUCCUGGACGCGGGACCUGGGGCAGCGAGUGGAGCAGUUGGCCCGUUGGGCUGAGACCGCCCACCCCCCAGUGCUCUUCUGGCUUGGUGGCUUCACCUUCCCCACUGGCUUUCUGACUGCUGUGCUGCAGGGCGCUGCCCGCCAGAGCAAGGUGGCUGUGGACUCACUGUCCUGGGAGUUCAUCGUCUCCACCGUGGAUGACAGCAACUUGGUCUACCCGCCCAAGGAGGGUGUGUGGGUUCGAGGGCUGUUCCUGGAGGGUGCGGGCUGGGACCGGCGCAACUCGUGCCUGGCGGAGGCAGCACCCAUGCAGCUGGUCUGCGCCCUGCCCAGUGUGCACUUCCGGCCAGUCGAGAGCCGGAAGAAGGCAGGCAGAGGCUUCUACUCGUGCCCGCUGUACGUGUGCCCGCGCCGCGCCGCCGGGUUUGUGCUGACGCUGGAUCUGCGCGCGGGUGCGGCGGCCCCCGAAACCUGGGCCAAGCGCGGCGCCGCGGCCCUGCUCAGCCUCGACGUGUAGCGCCGCCCCCAAUAAACCGCUGACCGUGCCCUCGCCGCCUCCUGCCUCAGUUUCCCCGCCCCCAGGGAGGGAUCUGGGGGGCGGGGUCCGGCGGGAUCCGGUGCGGCGCAGGCAGCAGCGGCCCCCAACCUGCCCAUGGGGCCCGGGUGCAGGCCCGGGCCCGGGCCCGGGCCCGCGGGGCGCGAACCCACAACCGGACACAGGAUUGCCUGCCUGCCCGCCCGCCAUGGCCGGCGCGUAGCCCGUGGCUGCAGCCGUGGUGCCUGGUG